UGACUUAUUCCUCUUCCUUUUAUAUAACCACGAAACCCUUCAAAAAUUACAGUUCUUAGGUUUUAUUCUGCCGCUACACUCUCUUCCCCGAGUUCAUUCAUUCAUCCAUCAAACUCUAUCCGAGCAUAACCAACUUUCAAUCACCAUGGGGAAGACACGAGGAAUGGGAGCGGCUCGCAAGAUGAGGAAACAGCGAAUUAAGCAACGCUGGGCAGAUAAGCAAUAUAAAAAAUCUCAUUUAGGGAAAGAAUGGAACAAGCCUUUUGCUGGAUCAUCUCAUGCUAAGGGAAUUGUUCUUGAAAAGAUUGGUAUUGAAGCUAAGCAGCCUAAUUCAGCCAUUCGUAAAUGUGCCCGAGUUCAACUCAUCAAAAAUGGGAAGAAGAUAGCUGCCUUUGUGCCAAAUGAUGGUUGCUUGAAUUACAUUGAAGAGAAUGAUGAAGUUUUGAUUGCUGGAUUUGGACGUAAAGGUCACGCCGUUGGUGAUAUUCCUGGUGUCAGAUUCAAGGUUGUGAAGGUUUCCGGUGUCUCUCUCCUGGCUCUUUUCAAGGAGAAGAAGGAGAAACCCAGGUCUUAAAGUUGUAGGAUGGCUUCCUUCUAUUUUUUCUUUUGUUUCACCUGAAAUUUAUUAUGAAUUUUGCUUCAUGAGAUUAAAUGAGUUGGAUCAACAAUUUUGUAUCCGCGGUAGUAAUCUUUCCGAAUUUCCUUUGAUUAAAAUGAUUAUAUAUUAAUUUUAUUUUAUAUUUC